AUGGCUCGCGGCGGUUUCGACUUGACUGAAGAUUAUUACCGAAUACUGCAGUUUUUGGAUGCCAAAGAUGGCUCAGCGCUGGAAAAACACGUUAUGAGAACAAUUGCCUUAAACUCGGAGCAUUCGUGCAGAGUUCAGUGUUAUCUGGAGAACGCAUGCGUAUCGUACAACUUUGGAAAGAGAGUAACAGGAGAUGAGGUCUGUGAAUUAAACAAUUCGACAGACAUACAACAUCCGGAUGAUUUAAAGCCGAGAGUGAAUUUCAUUUACCGCGGAGCUGAGAACUCAUGUGGAACCACGCCUUGUAUGAAUGGUGGGACAUGUCAAUCUGGGUUUUUACCACACGGGUACCGAUGCCUUUGUGCUGCAGGCUUUACUGGGUUAAAAUGCGAAACAGAUGUAGACGAUUGCAGCGCUAACCCUUGUCACAAUGGAGGAUCAUGCCGAGAUCUUGUCAAUGGAUUCAAGUGUGACUGCCCUGGGGGGUACCGUGGAACUCUGUGUGAUAUAGCUGUCUCAGAAUGCAAUCAGUACAAGUUUCUGAAUGACUCCGAUCGACGCAACGAUUUUGGUCGCGGUGACCAAAAAUGUGAUAGAAAUUUGACAGAAGACUGGUACAGAUUCUCGGCGGGGGCUGGAACAAGCAUAGCCACACAAUGCAUUCCAGGCGCCCAAAGAUGUGGAACGGACUUGCCGGGGUGGAUGGACGGAGCACACCCAACAGUUGAUGAAGGAGUCGUUUCCAGAAAAGUUUGUUUUAGUGGCUAUCACAAGUGUUGUUACCGCAACGUUACGAUCAACGUACGGAAUUGCAGCUCUUUCUUUGUAUACAGAUUGAAACCACUUUCAUAUUGUAAUAGCCGGUACUGUGGGAAAAGUUAGAAGUUUAUGGACAAACUUCGGUUUGUCCUAAAUGACAUUUAAACUAUGGAGACAAAAUCCUCACUUAUUGUUGGCUGUCUUAGACGACUAUCUUAGACUUUUAACUGCCGCAAGGUAUAAUUUCAAGGCUCUAAAGCAUUCCUGAAAACAAAACAAAAAAGCUGAAUAGAACGGUUUACGCUCGAUAGUUUGAAUCAGAGCUGUAUUUUCUCUCUUCUCUUCCCAUUUCUUUAUUCUAAGCCCAGAACUUUCAAUGGAAUGAACCUCACGCAAACUGCAUUCUCGUGCGUGAUAAGAAGAAAUAAGUGCGUAUGAGUGCGUGAUGGCUGGCGAUCGAUGCCUCGCAGUUUCGACUUGACGCAAAAAUUUUUACAACUAGAGAGGGCAACAGGAAACUCUU